ACGAAUAGACGGGUAGCAGUUCAUAUUCCUGACUAACAGUAAAUAUCUACAUUUGUAUUGAUGAGAAAGCGAUCUUAUAAAACAAAAUUAAACGAAAGGAAACUUUUACGGAUUCGUAGUCGAAGGAUUUCCAUAAAAAGUGCUAGGGUAUUUUCAAAAGUAGAAUAGCUGUGAAGCCAUCACCAAGGAACUUGACAAGUUUUGCUACUUUUAGUGGAAUUUAUUUUCAAAAUGGCAGCUGCGAGAAGAUUACAAAAGGAACUUCGUGAUAUAAGGGCUUCGGCAAUGAAUAAUUUUAAUAUUCAAGUAGAUGAAUCGAAUAUGCUCACUUGGCAAGUCCUUAUAUUGCCGGAUAAUCCACCAUACAACAAAGGAGCAUUUCGCAUUGAAAUAAACUACCCUGCAGAGUAUCCUUUUAAACCUCCGAAAAUAAACUUCAAAACAAAAAUAUAUCAUCCAAACGUGGAUGAGAAAGGACAAGUAUGCUUACCAAUUCUAAGCCCUGAAAAUUGGAAACCAGCUACAAAGACAGAUCAGGUUGUACAAGCUUUAAUAGCAUUAGUGAAUGAUCCGGAACCAGAACAUCCAUUGAGGGCAGAUCUUGCUGAAGAGUUUUUAAAGGAUAAAAAGAAAUUUUUAAAGAAUGCUGAAGAAUUCACAAAAAAGAAUGCAGAAAAGAGGCGGGAGUCGUCAGCUUCUAACGAAUAACCACGGGUGACGGUUCUACUCACCAUGAUGCCUGCCACCUGUCAGCUAAUUUAAUUCAAGCCAAUAUAGACUUAUCUGUUACAUGAAAACAAGUUGAUUGAAAUACAUGUGUACAGUAUUGGUUAACUACCGACAAUGAUAUUAAUAUGUGCAAAUUGUAAUGUUUAUAAAGUGGAUUAACAAAUUUUUCAGAGCAAAGUCAAAUAUAAUAAACUAACUGUAUGAUAUUAUGUACAAUUUGUAUUUGAAGUCAUUGUAUGGACACGAUCUGUA